AUGAAGUUGUUUGUCGCUCUCGUCGUUGCAUCCGCCGCCGCCACCAAGCAAUCCGUAACCACCCUAUCGUCCGACGAACGCACGACGCUGCGCGAGGAGUUGGCCAAGUGGCGCCAAGAGUUUGGUUCGAAGGCUGCGGCCCAGGGUCUGCUGCCCCGCGCUCCCCAAGGCUCAAACCCGUUAGAAGCGGAAACGGACGCGCUCCAGCGCUUCUACGAUAACAAGGUUCGCAUUGAGGAGGCCCGCCGCAACAACCCCGAAGCCACAUUCGACUACAACCACCCGUUUGCUCUCAUGACGGAAGCCGAGUUCAAGGACCUUGUGGUCGGUCGCUCGUUCCAGCAAGGCCUGAACGCUGCAAAUGCUCUCCCGUCGGCCAAAGUCGACCUGAAGGCACCUCGAGCUGCAUCGGUGGACUGGACCACCGGCAACUGUGUCAACCCCAUUCGCAACCAAGGUAACUGCGGGUCUUGCUGGGCCUUUUCGUCUGUGGGAACUUCUGAAUCUGCACACUGCCUCGCGUCGGGAGAGCUCCUCGACUUGUCCGAACAGCAAGUGACGAGUUGCUCGACCAACGGCUACAGCAACGGUUGCAGCGGUGGCUAUGAGGAUGCUGCCAUCGACUACCUUGUCAGCACUGGCGUGUGCCUGGAGCAGGACUUUCCCUACACGUCUGGCACCACUGGCUUGACUGGAUCGUGUGCCAACUCGUGCACCAAGCGUCAGCUCAGCAUCGGCGCGACAGUACGGGUGAAUGGCGAGUCUGCCACUAUCGCUGCACUGAACAACCAGCCUGUGUCCGUGGCUGUCGAGGCGGGUAACGCUGUGUGGCAAAACUACCGCAGCGGUGUGGUCUCGCAAUGCCCUGGCGCAAUCUCCGACCACGCCGUCAUUGCUGUGGGAUAUGACGCGUCGUCAAUUAAGAUCCGCAACUCGUGGAGCGCCAACUGGGGCGAAGCUGGACAUAUCCGCCUCAAGCGCGGCGGGGCUGGCAACGGCACGUGCAAUGUCGUUGAGUUUGUGUCGUUCCCCACGAUUAGCGGAUCGACCCCUAAGCCUUCCCCUUCCCCUACGACCAAGCCGACUGUGUCGCCGACUCCAACCAAGCCCACGACAAAGCCCAAGACUACCACCCCCUCGCCCACGUCUGCACAACCUGACGUGUGCACCAACUGCAGCGGAUGCUACUACCCGGCCGGGAACCAGUGUUUGCCGGUGGAAUACACCAAGAGCGACUGCGACUACUACAAGGCCGACUUUGGCACAGUCUGGUGCGGCAUUUAA